GCUUCGCAGAAUGCAUGGUUUGCACCAUACGAUGCGUUUCGCACCGUGCCAAAAGACCUAGCCGAAGCUACAGUUACAGGGGCCGCGAUGACCAUGGCUGCGUGUUUGACUUGCUCGAUCUUGUUCUUCUGUGAGGCCUCGGCGUUCUUGUCGGCUAAACCAACUACGCAUAUAGUCAUCGACAGCAACCAAGAUUCAGUGUUACGAAUCAAUUUCGACGUGCACAUGUUGGAUUUAUCUUGCGACUUUCUCACCGUAGGCAUCUGGGAUGCGUUUGGAACCGAGCGCAUGAACGUGUCCCGUAACAUUCAGAAGCAGCGCGUUGAUCAUAAAGGCGCAGUUGGGCGUGCAUACACUGAUGAUGAGAUCGUGGAGUUGGAGUUUUCAGACAAGAGUUUUACGAAGGAGGAGCUUUCUGAGCUUGAUUCAGAUUGGGGGUCAUCCAGUGAUAAUUUCAAGCACGACAGCUUUCAAGCCGUCGUUGAUGCUCAUGACUUCACCAUGGUCAACUUCUAUGCAGAUUGGUGCCCUCAUUGCCGACAAUUCGGCCCCAUCUGGGGGAAUUUCGAGUAUCGCGUGAAUGAGCACGUCGAUGAAGCCAAGGAUGCAGAUGGUUCGGUGACCAACGUCAGGGUCCUGAAGAUCAAUUGCGUCGAUUUCGAGGACACCUGCCGGGAGCAGAAGGUACACAGCUUCCCAGACGUGCGGAUGUACAGCCGCGGAUCGAAGACGGGAAAGGAGUAUGUCAGCUACAGAGGACCCCCCGAGGGGCUCGCGGAUUUCAUGAAGCAGCAGGUGGCCCAGCGCCACUUGCACGCGGGCGCCGCGUACCACGAGAUGUUUUCGGAGGGCUGCCGAAUUUCUGGAUACCUGGAGGCCGCUCGUGUGCCAGGGACAGUGCAUUUCCAGGCGUCGCACACGGCGGACAGGACACUGAACCUUGCGUUCACGAACGUCUCCCAUCACGUGCACCACUUCUCGUUUGGGGAGGCCCCGCGGAGAUCGAUACAUGCGCUUCCCAGCGAGUACAAGAGGCACGUCAACCCCCUCGACGGCAGGACGUUUGCUGUGGACAAGUUCCAUAAGGCGCCCAACCACUUCAUCAAAGUGGUGCACACAAGAUUCGUGGAACAUGGCAUCCGCAGCUACCAGCAGACCCAUCAGCAUAGCGUGAGAACGAUUCAGCGCAACGCCAUACCGCAGUCGAAGUUCUCAUACGAUCUGUCGCCUGUCGAAGUGGUCGUCAGCGCGGGAGAGCGGCGGUGGUACGACUUUGUGACACAGGUCUUUGCCAUCAUCGGCGGGGCGUUUUCCGUGAUGUCGAUGGCUACAGGCAUGUUGAAGUUCACGUCCACACAGUUGAAGGGUGCUCUGGGGAAGCUUGGCUAA